AUGAGCGACGAGACAGACCCCAUACUCGCAAAACCAGCCGACCUCUGCUGCCUCAAAGGCUCCUUUCACACCGGAGAACCCCAAGGAAAAACAACACACAUAGAAGGCAUAGAAACAUACAUAGCCACCCCAAACCCCAAAACCGCCAAUGGAAACGUCCUACUAUAUUUUCCGGAUGCCUUCGGCUUGCAUGGAAAUAGUUUUCUUUUGAUGGACGCUUUUGCGUCUUGUGGGUAUUUGACUCUGGGGGUUGAUUAUUUCCUGGGGGAUGCUGUGUCCAAGCACACCACGACGCCGUUGAGUGACCCUAAGUUCGACUUUGAAGCUUGGUGUGAUAAGCACCUUAAGUCUUCGGAAGAAGUUGCUGCGAAGUGGGUUGAAGCUGUAAAAUCGACAUACGGCACGUCCGGCAGUGUCAAAUUUGCCUGUGUUGGUUACUGCUGGGGCGCACGAAUUGUCUGUCAACAACUGUCCAAAGACGGGAUUUGCAAAGCAGGAGCAAUAGCGCACCCUUCAUUCAUGAAAGAAAGUCAUGUGUUCGGCGUUGAUGCUCCAUUAUAUAUCGCCGCGCCGACUACAGAUAGUCUGUUUUUACCUGAGUCGCGCGCCCGAACAGUCGAGAUUUUGACCGAAGGCGAGAAGAGAUUUAACAUGCAGGUAUAUUCUGGUGUAGGACAUGGGUUUGCAACACGACCUGAUAUGUCAGAUCCUUACCAAAAGUGGGCAAAAGGACAGUGCUUCAAGAGCUUUGUGGAGUGGUUCAAUCUCUGGCUGUCAUGA